AUGGUUCUCGACGCAAGUAUUCUUCAAGAGAAAUUAAUUGAAGCUUGGAAACUUCGGUCAGAUGAAACAAGUUUUUCCGCUUCGCUUGCACCAUUGGUUGCAGCAUGUCAGUCAGAAGAAGAAUUUCGAAUAUUGUUCACAAAUCAAAUUCUCGCACAUAUCGAUUCAGCUACUUCGUCAAAUCUUCUUCAAUCCUACUUCAAAUUUCAUACUCGAUCCGGUUAUAUCAAAGAAUCUUUAGUCAUAGAACGCCUUCUUUCACUCACGCCAUCCUCGUCAGUCAUCGAAGAUAUUCAAAUCAAAUUUCUCCUAGAAUUACUAUUCGAUACGUUAAAAACAAUGCACGUCACUGCUGAUCAAGCGUCACGCCUUGGUAAACAGAUCAAUUCACUUGCAAAAUGGCUUUGUUCAGCGUUGUGCACCUACUCGAAUGAAGAUAUGACAACAGGAGCCACUGAAAUGCUGAUUGCCGUUUCCGAUCUAUUUCUAAUUCUCUUCAAUAAUACGACCUACUAUUGCCUUUGGCUAAUGACAAUUAAGGCACAGAGAGAACAGAAUGAUUGGAGACAAUUGCAAGAACAAUUAGCACAAAUCGGACAGAAAAUGUCGAUAGGUGAUGGAACACGACCGGAUGUCUAUGAGCAAAUUCUUUCGAAAGUCACUCGACUUCAUCUUUCUGAAGAUUUUCAUCAAGAAGAAAUCGACUUUCACUCAUCCAUAUUCAAUCCUAUCGUUGGAAUGCUCAUCGUCAAUAAACUUCAUAAGUCAUCUUCAAUUCUACUUCUUAUUCUUCGCUUCUAUGAAAAUGUUUCGACAAUCUCUAAUCCAGCUUCAACAUAUCUUCAACUUCUUCAAGCGUCUUUUGGUGGUUACGUAGCUGCUGUACCAACAAACAACAGUGAAUAUCAGCAACGAUGGUCAGCGUACAUUUUCUUUCAAUUGCCACGUUUACUAGCAGCAUGCUUCGAGAGUCAGCCCGUGCACGUGAAACAAGCCAUAGAAGACUUCCUAUUACACAAUGAAUAUCUGCUGAAUCGUAUGGAUGAAUUAUGCAUAGAGAAUGUUUUGGAACAGAUAUUUCGUACGACAUUAAGUUACAUGAAAAAUGAUAUACGAGAAAAGAACCAAACGAGUUUGAAUCAAUUACUUUUUUACAUUCAAAAACUUCGAGGACCAUUCGUGCAACAAAUGCAACAAUAUUAUCUCAAUCAAACAACACACUCUUAUUCGUACGAAACUCUUCAAUCACAACGUACACUUGAGCAAUCUCUUCACAAAAUAAUAUCAUCAAAUACGGAAGAAAAUCUGCAAACUCUACUCAAUAAUAUCAUUGAAUACAUCCCUAUAAUUUGUGCUACUGAUCUCUACUAUCCGUUCAUUCGUUCAUUACUAAUCUAUACUCAAACACAAAAUGACUUAGCUCUGUUAAUUCUUUGUUAUGUCACAUCUAUAACCGACGAUGUAUCCGAAGAUUUUGGACAUGUUGAUUAUCAAUUCGAAGCAACGUCUUCAUCAAAUGUGCUUUAUACCUGGUUGAAGAAAUACUGGUUAUCCCGACAUAUAGGUCAUGCACUUUUCUCCUCUUCACUUGAUUCUAUGGAUCUGCUGUCAACGAAUCAUAAUUCCUUCUCCGAAGCAUCUCUCGCCGAAAAAGACGACUUUCUUAAUGAAAUCAAAAACUUAACGCCGGAAACAGUACAAAAGAAAUAUUCAGAUAUUGAAUACUUAACAAAAACUAUUCAUUUACUCGGUGAACUUCCGUCAUUAUCCUUGGAAGAAACGAAACAAAUCAUAACAGGAUUAAUUACAUAUUUAACACAACUUUCGUACGGAUCGUUAGUGCACGUUCUUCUUUGGUUAAUUGCGAACUAUCAAAUUGCGAAUGAUGAUGAAAGAUUGUGGAUUCAAACAACAAUCAGCACAAUGGGAACACUUCCCGACUCAUCAUCAACUACAUGUACCUUACUCGAUGCAAUUAAACGUCAACUUUGGUCAGAUUUUGUCGACAACCCUCUUAUCCCAUAUUACUCCCUCAUUCCAUCAUUUUCCUCUUCAUCAGUUGCGAAUAACUACACUCCGUCUUCGCUUCAAACACCGACGACGCUGACACUCGGAUUAUUCGACAUCUACCUAACAAACGAAUUUCUUGAUUGCGAACAAUCGCGUGCUCUUUAUAUUUGCCACAAAUACGUUCCCAUUGACCUAAUCAUUACACGUUUAUUAACAAAUAUGAACACGUCGAAUGGAAUCUAUGAGACACGGCGAGCUUUAUCCUUCCUCCUAGGUCUAGUUUUAUUUCGACGACGUUCGUCGACACGUUGUUUGUUACAAAAAUCUUUACCUUAUUUAAUCAAUAUCAAAUCAAAUGAUUUCAUGCUCGAGCCCAAUGUUUAUCAUAUGUGUUUAUUGUUCAAUAUUCUAUUAGUUUUAGAGUUGAACACGAAUCGUGAACAGACGGAGGAGAUAUUCCAUGUUAAACCGUGGAAAAGGACUGUCCAGUCGAAUGAUUCGAUGUUAGUCGAUGCGGUUGAUGAAACUUUCGAUGAUAUUCUGUCAAAAUACGAAGAUACGAGUGUCAUAGAUGCUUUUCAUGAAUUUCUCGACUGGUCAUCGAGAGAACUAUUCAUUAGUGAUAAUGUUCGACCAAUAAAUUAUUUUCUCGGAUGGUUACAAACGACUCUCUGGAUGUUUAGUCGAACAGCGAAAUCACUCAAAUCUUUUAUUAAACCAAAACUGGUCGCUCAACUUUCAGAAUAUAUUCCAUUGCAAUUUCCAAUCGAAAAAGUGCUGAGUAUUCUCGAUUUGUCAACUAAUGUUGAACUAGAAUACGCAUCAAUGGUGAUUACACGUGAUUACGCACACUUGGAUCUGAUGGACACACAUACGACAUCAACAUUAAUUCAAAAUCAACAUAUCCUCGAUAAUGAAUUCAAUGCAACAAGUCCGACGACAAUAACCAAGAAUAUUUACACGAUACCACGAAAUCUCUGA